GAAGAAAUUAGCUGAGCCAGAAAUUAGUUCUAGCAUGGGCAUGGAAAUUUGUGGCGAUGAUCAGAACCCAAGCGUCUCAAAUUCUUCUUCUUCUUCUUCGUCUUCGUCUUCGUCUUCGUCUUCGGCUUCGGCUUCGACCACUGAAGUAAUGAAGUGCCCUCUUAAGAGAGAUGAGAGAUACAACGGGCUGAUUAAUGAGGACACAGAGCUUAAUGUUACAAUUCGGCUAAAUGCCAGUGAGCAGCAAGCUCACGUACGUGAUGGGAAUGUAUGGACAGCUUUGGCACAUAUAAUAACAGCUGUAAUCGGUUCGGGGGUAUUGUCACUGGCAUGGAGCAUGUCACAACUGGGGUGGAUUGCAGGUCCAUUGACUAUGCUGGCAUUUGCAUCAGUCACCCUUACUUCUGCACUUCUUCUUCGGAAUUGCUACAAAUCUCCUGAUCCGGACUAUGGCCCGGCUAGAAACGCCUCCUACAUAGAAGCUGUCCGAAAUAUUUUAGGAAGAAAGAAUGCUUGGGUGUGUGGCUUCGUUGUACGCAAUAAUUUCAUCAAGCUAGGUAUUGUCCAUACAAUUGCAUUCUCCAUCAGCCUGAGCGCAAUUCAGAGAUCAAAUUGUUACCAUACUGAGGGGCACAAAGCGGCAUGUAAAUAUGAGAAUGUUCGUUAUAUGCUUACAUUUGGAAUUAUUCAAACUAUUGCAUCUCAAAUGCCAAAUUUUCGAAAUACCAUAUGGCUCUCUGUUAUUGCGGCAAUCAUGUCAUUCACGUAUUCUAUUAUUGGAUCGGCACUUGGCUUGGCAAAAGUAAUACAGAAUGGAGUAGUAAAAGGUAGCAUUGGAGGAGUACCAACUGCUACUGCUGCUGGAAAAGUAUGGGCUAGUUCUGAAGCGCUUGGGAAUAUUGCAUAUGCUUUCUCCUUCUCUGUUAUUUUUCUCGAGAUACAGGUCAAGAGAUUUACUUUUUAAGUAGCAUGAACCAAUAGUGAAGAACAUACAGUUUUGGUAGAGGGGAUUGUAUAGCAAGCACUCUACACUUCUAAGAAACAAAAAGUUAAAAUCUUGUUUAUAUAUUGUCUGGUCCUGUCUAAUUUUCUUUACAAAACGCACACUAAAAAGUUGUAUUGUGGAUGAAGGUACUCUGACGUCAAUGCCACCGGAAAAAGUCACCAUGACGAGGGCAUCUAUCGUGGCAGUCUGCAUAACAACUUCCUUCUACCUAUUCUACGGAGGAUUUGGAUAUGCGGCUUUUGGGAAUUCUACUCCGGGUAACCUUCUGACAGGAUUUGGUUUUUAUGAGCCAUAUUGGCUCGUAAGCUUCACUAAUGCCUACGUCGCUCUUCAUGUAGUCGGAGGAUAUCAGGUAUUCCUCUCUCUGAACAUCAAUAUUUUUUAAUCUAUCCUAUAAAUUUCAUGAAGAAGUUAAAACUUUUAUUCAUCUCAGGUAUUCAGUCAGCCACUCUUUGCAUAUGUUGAAAAAUGGGCUUCCAAGAAAUUCCCUAACAGUAAAUUUGUUCAUAAAAAUUAUGACCUGAAACAAGUACCAGUUUUGAAACUGAAUCUUCUGAGGCUGUGCUUUCGAACUUCUUAUGUUGCAUUCACGACUGGAUUUGCCAUACUUUUUCCUUACUUUAACCAAGUUGUGGGAGUGGCUGGAGCUAUUAACUUUUGGCUUAUCGUUGUAUAUUUCCCGGUGGAAAUGUACUUAGUGCAGAAAAAUAUUGGACGUUGGACAAGCAAGUUCAUUGUUCUUCGAAUUUAUGUUUUUGUUACAUUGCUAGUGAUAAUGUUUGCCCUUGUCGGCUCAGUUAAAGGUCUGAUAAAAGCAAGGUUAGGGUAAAUUUUAUCUGCAGUUAACUGAACUUUCAAGAAAAUUUCGAUUGGAUCAUUAAACUAAAGUUUAGUGUUAAAUUUCAGCACUUUGUCACAUUCCAUCACUUCAAGUCCUCUUAAGAUGAUGGAAAUUGCUUAGUUGACAGUCAAACUAUAAAUUUUCAUCCGCUUAAUUGUUACAUGAUGAUUAUGUAAAAGAUACAUUGUGGUAUGGCUGGAAAUUAGUUUUCAUCAAUUUGGAAGAUGUCAUGUGACAUAUUAGUGGAAUUUGAAACAUUGACCUAAUUAAAUUGAAUUGAAGUUUAGUGGUCCAAUUGAAGUUUUCUUGAAAGUUCAGUUGACCGCAGAUAAAAUUUAUCCACAAAGUUUAGCCAAGCGAUUAGUUUCAAAUUAGACUUUUGUUGUUUGGUUCAUGCAAUUUAAGAAUGUUGAAAUAUAGAUCACAUGUGGAUCUAUAGAAUUAUGAAUAAUUCUACUUAUUGGGUAAAAACAAUAUUGCUUGAUCAACUUACAAGAAAUUUUCUUCUGUAAAAGAAAAAAGGAAAUUUCGUUGAAGUUCAUUUUGACUAUCGAAUUUUUGUUGGUUCAAACUUAAA